AUCACCGCCUCGACGUAGCUGUCGCUUGAAGCGGGCAAGCAACGCGAAAGAGGCGAAUUGUACACGACCGCAUUAAGCAAAAAGGGGAACCACCUCAUCGCUAAAACUGUAUCCAGCUCAUGAAUGUCUUUGCACUUUGCCGUUGCACCUAGUCUUCUCGAUCUUCUCUUGGCUAUCGGUAUAUUAGUCGUCGCCGCGCCGAGAGCUUAACGUUCCGCGCACUUGCACGCGCCGCAGCCGCAGCCGCAGCCGCAGCAGCAGCAUGUCUAAUCCACCAUCGGCGUCGCCGGUAACGCCGGCGACUCCACCUCCUCAAACUCCUGCCGUGACGCCUCCGCCUCCGGAUCCACCAGCAGUGACGCCCCCUCCGGUGACCCCGGUGACGCCGCCUCCUGUGACACCGGUGACGCCUCCUCCGGUGAUCCCGGUGACUCCCCCAGUGGCUGAUCCUCCCGCGAACACGGUGACUCCGCCAGUAGCCCAGCCUCCGGCGAACACGGUGACUCCCCCGGUAUCUCAGCCUCCCGUGGUGAAGCCCCCGGCUGUGAGUCCUCCGGUGAAUCCGCCGACGACGCCAAACCCAACACCAAACCCAACGCCGAUAAUACCACCUUCCCCACCACCACCAAGGGCGACGCCUACCCCAACGCCAGUAACACCGUCGCCCAGUCCACCAAGGCCGACGCCAACGCCAACACCGGUAACGCCGUCCCCUCCUCCACCGCGCAGGCCAUCGAAUCCGUCCCCGCCUCCCCCGGCAAACGUGCCAGGCUCAUUUUCCCCGCCGCCCGAUGCCCCAGCAGCUGCCUCGCCGCCACCCCCUGACGGAGUCCCAGGUACGGCGCCCCCGAACGACGUGCCAGCUGCACCGCCGCCGCCGCCAGCAGCGGACGCGCCGUCUACUUCGGCCUCGUCCUCUUCGUCGCCGGGCAGCGGGACCGCGGUGGGCGUGGGCGUGGCCGUCGGGGCCGUGUUCUUGCUCGGCCUCGCCGCCGCGGUCAUCUUCUUCUUCGUCGCCAGGCGCCGCCGCCGCCGCCGAAGGGUGCCGCCGCCGGGGACACCAGCGGACUUCUUCUACGACCCGAGGCAGCCGACGACGCCGCUGCAGCCGCAGUCGCUGUCGACGCCAUCAUCGACGCCGCCGCUGAUGCACUCGUGGCAGAGCAGCACCGCUGGCGGCGGCGGCGGCGCGCCGGGGUCCCCGCUGAUCCCGGGCAUGUCCGGCGGCACGUUCUCGUACGACGAGCUGGCGGCGGGGGCGGACGGGUUCUCGGAGGCGAACCUGCUGGGGCAGGGCGGGUUCGGGCACGUGUACAAGGGGACCGUCCGCGGGCAGGAGGUGGCCAUCAAGAAGCUGCGCGCCGGCAGCGGGCAGGGCCACCGCGAGUUCCGCGCCGAGGUGGACAUCAUCAGCCGCGUGCACCACAAGAACCUCGUCUCCCUCGUCGGCUUCUGCAUCCACGCCGAGCAGCGACUGCUCGUCUACGAGUACGUGCCCAACAAGACCCUCGAGUCCCACCUGCAUCACGGGAGCAACCGCGCGGCGCUAGAUUGGCCGCGCCGGUGGAAGAUCGCCGUCGGCUCCGCCAAGGGCCUCGCGUAUCUGCACGAGGACUGUCAUCCUAAGAUUAUCCAUCGUGACAUCAAGGCAGCAAACAUCCUUCUGGAUUAUAGCUAUGAGCCCAAGGUUGCAGAUUUUGGGCUGGCCAAAUGCCAAGAAGCAGAACAUACUGCUGUUUCUACGCGCGUGAUGGGAACUUUUGGAUAUCUGGCUCCGGAAUAUUACGCCACCGGCAAAGUUAGCGACCGGUCCGACGUCUUCUCCUUCGGCGUGAUGCUCCUGGAGCUGAUCACAGGAAGGACACCUAUCAUGACAUCUUCAGAUCAACAGCCUGAGACAUUGGUUGACUGGGCGAGGCCCUUUCUGACGAAGGCCGUGGAGGAGGAAAACUACGAGGAGCUGAUUGACCCGAGGCUGGAGACCAACUACGACGCGUACGACAUGGCGCGGCUCGUCGCGUGCGCCGCCGCCGCUGUGCGCAAAACCGCCAAGUCUCGCCCGCGGAUGACACAGAUCGUCCGGUACCUGGAGGGGGAGCUGUCGGCGGAGGACCUGAACGGCGGGCUGAAGCCGGGGCAGAGCGCGAUGCAGGGCGGCAACACGGACGAGGUGAGGCGGCUCAGGAAGAUGGCGUUCGGGCCAGGGACGACAGGGAUGACUGCCGGCACCACCAGCGAGUACGCCAGCAGCGAGCUCAGCGCGCCCACCAGCGAGUACGGGCUGAACCCGUCCAGCGAGUACACGGCAAGCAGCGCGGCGGACACGGAGGAGAUGAUGACGACGGACAUCGCGCCGAGAAACGGCUUCACCAACGGCAGGGGCGCCGGCCGAGAGGCGGGAAGCACGGAGAGGUUCAGCAGGCGCACCACCAUCAGCAGGCAGGCCGGACGUGCCAACCGGGGGUGACGACAUACGCGAACUUUUCAUUGAGUUCACGAGCGAAUCGAAGUAUCAUUGGCUCGUCUCGCAGGAAGAAAAAAAAUCGUUGGUCUUGUACAUACGUGGUGCUGCCGCCGUCAAAUUUGGUUUGCCGUUGUUUCUGUGUUGGGCUUUUCGGAAUUGGGCUUCCAGCAAUUUUUGCUGGCGGUGGAAAGGAAGCUGUAACUUGAAUAUACGUCCAUUAACCACUUGAGGCCGGGUGUUUCAACAUCUUUUUCUAAAAAAACCAUAGAAUGUGAGUAAUAAGUAGCCAAGACUUUUUUUUUUGAAUUGUAUUCUACUAUUCUGAUUAACUAGCGCGGUGACCCGCGCAGAUUGCGCGGCUAGACUUGUAUACUAAAGAGUAUUUUAUACAUACUUUUUGUUUUUCUAAUAGACUGAUUCUAUAUGCAAUUUAGGUGUAUGUAUUUGUAUGCAAUUUGAUUUUUGAA